CCCACGACUCCCCGGAGGCGCCUCGACACCGCCGGCGGCCCCGGGCGAUCCCCACCAGGGCGCAGGACCGGGCUCCGCGCCCGAACUGCCGGGGGCGCCAUGGGCCGCUACCGCAUCCGCGUGGCCACCGGGGCCUGGCUCUUCUCCGGGUCUCACAACCGCGUGCAGCUGUGGCUGGUCGGGACGCGCGGGGAGGCGGAGCUGCAGCUGCGGCUGCGGCCGGCGCGGGGCCAGGAGGAGGAGUUUGAUCGCGACAUCCCCAAGGACUUGGGGCCCCUACAGUUUGUGAAGUUGUGCAAACACCACUCCCUGGUGGACGACGCGUGGUUCUGCGACCUCAUCACGGUUCAGGGCCCGGGAACCUGCGAAGAGGCCGCCUUCCCCUGCUACCGCUGGGUGCAGGGCCAGGGUGUGCUGAGCCUGCCGGAGGGCACCGCACGCCUGCCAGGAGACAAUGCCCUGGACGUGUUCCAGAAUCAUCGAGAGAAAGAACUGAAGGAAAGACAAAAGCUGUACUGCUGGGACACCUGGAAGGAGGGGCUACCCCUGACGAUAGCGGCCGGGUGUCAAGACGAUCUGCCUCCGAACAUGAGAUUCCACGAGGACAAGAGGCUAGACUUCGAGUGGGCGCUGAAGGCGGGGGCGCUGGAGAUGGUCCUCAAACGUGUUUACACCCUCCUGAGCCCCUGGAACCGCCUGGAGGAUUUUGAUCAGAUCUUCUGGGGCCAGAAGAGUGCCCUGGCUGAGAAGGUUCACCAGUGCUGGCGGGAUGAUGAGCUUUUCGGCUACCAGUUUCUCAAUGGGGCCAACCCCAUGCUGCUGAGACGCUCCGCCUCCCUGCCCUCCCGGCUGGUGCUGCCCCCGGGGCUGGAGGCACUGGGGGCCCAGCUGGAGAGGGAACUCCAGAACGGUUCCCUGUUUGAGGCCGACUUCAUCCUGCUGGAUGGAAUUCCAGCCAACGUGAUCCGGGGUGAGAAGCAGUACGUGGCCGCCCCUCUUGUCCUGCUGAAGAUGGAACCCGACGGGAAGCUGCUGCCCGUGGCCAUCCAGAUCCAGCCCCCCAGCCCCAGAUCCCCGACCCCGCCGCUGUUCCUGCCCUCAGAUCCCCCACUCGCCUGGCUCCUGGCAAAGACCUGGGUCCGAAAUUCCGACUUCCAGCUCCACCAGCUCCAGUACCACCUCCUCAACACUCACCUGGUGGCCGAGGUCAUCGCUGUGGCCACCAUGAGGCACCUCCCGGGGCUGCACCCUGUCUUCAAGCUCCUGAUCCCGCACAUCCGCUAUACCUUGGAGAUCAACACCCGGGCCAGAUCCCAGCUCAUCUCAGAAGGAGGGAUAUUUGAUAAGGCGGUGAGCACGGGUGGCGGGGGCCAUGUGCACUUGCUGCGUCGGGCCAUGGCUCAGCUGACCUACUGCUCCCUCUGUCCCCCCGACGACCUGGCUGACCGGGGCCUGCUGGGAAUCCCAAGUGCCCUCUACGCCCAUGACGCUUUACGGCUCUGGGGGAUCAUCGCCCGAUACGUGGAAGGCAUCGUCCGCCUCUUCUACCACAGGGACGACAUUGUGAGAGGGGACCCGGAGCUGCAGGCCUGGUGUCGGGAAAUCACCGAGGUGGGGCUGUGCCAGGCCCAGGACCGAGGUUUCCCCGUCUCCUUCCAGUCCCAGAAGCAACUCUGCCAUUUCCUUACCAUGUGUGUCUUCACAUGCACUGCUCAGCACGGGGCCAUCAACCAGGGCCAGGGUUGCAGUUUCUUCCCCCAGCUGGACUGGUAUGCCUGGGUCCCUAACGCCCCAUGCACAAUGCGGAUGCCCCCGCCCACCUCCAAGGAAGAAAUAACGAUGGCCACGGUGAUGGCUUCACUACCUGAUAUCCGACAGGCCUGUCUUCAAAUGACCAUCACGUGGCAUCUGGGUCGCCGCCAGCCAGACAUGGUGCCUCUGGGGCAUCACAAAGAAAAGUAUUUCUCAAGUCCCAAGGCCAAGGCGGUAUUAAACCAAUUCCAAACAGAUUUGGAAAACCUAGAAAGAGAGAUCACGGCCCGGAAUACGCGACUUGACCUGCCGUAUGACUACCUGAAACCCAGCCGCAUAGAGAACAGCGUCACUAUCUGAGGCCUGUGGCAUCCCCACCUCCAAGACUUCAGAUCAGCUCCAGGACUAAUGUUUCCAGUUUGAACGUCAUGGUUUCCAGAGUCUCUGCAGCUAAAGCUCUAUUUUCUCCCCCAACCAAAUCCCCAACGUCGGUAUCCGCCCCCCGCCCAGGGAGGGCAGCAAACCUUUAACAUAAAGGCCAGAUGAUAAAUAUUUUAGGAUUUGUGAGGCUGCAUCAUCUCUGUCCUAACUACUUAGCUUUCCCGACAGAGCACAGAAGCAGCCGCCAGAUGAUGUGGAAGUUAAGGAGCGUGACCGUGUUCCCAUAAAAAAUUACUUAUGAACAGUGAAAUAUGUCACAAAAUUCUCUUCUUCCUUUGCUUGGGUCCACCAUUUAAAUAUGCAAAGAGGAUCUGUGCUUUGCCAGAUGGACAGGCACAGGCUGUGGGUUGGAUCUGACCUUCAGGGGCCAUCCUCGCACCGGGUAACCCCGCAUUAGCCUGAGGCACUGACCCUACUUGCCAAACAGCCAGAGGAUGCUCUGAGGGCGGAUGGGGAAGAUUUCCUGCAUAAUCAACUACCUCAACUAAUUCUCCUUUCCCAGGAGCUAGAUCCCCUACACCGGCGGCCAACCUAAAACUUCAUGACUCUGUGCUUUGGCAACGUUCCCUCCACCCUGUUCCCCCUCUUCACGCACCUACCCCAAAAGUCCUCCAGUAAGAAUGGUGUUCCUGGGGAGAACAAAAACCUGCCAUCCCUGGAUGGCUCCCUCCCCUCCCCCGGCAGCCUCGAGCUAAGGAGACCUGAGAUUCCUGUCCCAGGGCCCCUCUCCCAGCCCCUGCAAUAGUAUUCCUGAGUCUCUAUGUGUUUCCCUGGGUCCGAGUUUUCUGUCACAAGCUGUUUAAGAACAAUAAGCAUAAAAUAAACAGGAAAAAAUA